AUGACCGAUGUCCGACAUGCUGACGAGAAGAAGUUAUCGGAGCGACUACAUGCGGCUCUCCACGACAUCCUCUCCUCCUCGGAGCCUCAGGGCAUCCUCAAGAUCUACUCCGGCAAGACUUACCUUGACAUGUCCUGCUUGCCUGCCCCCGACGAGCAGGAGACGACUGGGUCCAGGGCCAGAUACCUGUGGAGCUGCUCGGUGUUCGUACCCGUGAUCAGCUGGGGGAAGGGCGGGAGCGUGCUGGAGCAGCUGGGGAGGAUCAACGAGGAGCAUGACUACGUCAGCGACUUUCUCGUGCACGCGCUGACAGCUCUCUACUUGCUCAACAAGGACGCCGGGAGGCUGAAGGCGGUUCUGCCCAUCCUGCGGGACGAGUCGGGGGGCAAGACAUCUAUGUCCAGCGCGUUCGACAGGUUGAGUCACAAGGCGUCGAUGAGCAGCUGCGAGCGGGCGAGCGAGGUGCUGCUGGAGGUGGGGGUGCGGAGGGAGAAGGAGGCGAUCCUGCAGUACCUGCUGGGGGUGUCCGUCAGAGAUGCGGUAGCAAUGCUGCUGCCGGCGGUGCGAGGGGCGCAGGGAGUGCAGGAGGAGGAGAGAGGGAGGAGGAGCAAGGGGGUGUAUGGCAUGUACGUGGCGGCGGAGAAUGACGUGGAGAGGAGCGCGGUGGAGGCGGGGGAACUCAUAGUAGCUUGCCUGUCCAAGAUAGUGCGGGAGCACGUUGAUCGCAAGUUGUGGGAGUUUUCCAACCACAACCCGCGGGGGAUAGAGGUGCUGCAGGUGCUGCGUGAGAGUGGCUUGCACGACAGGUUCUUCGAGUUCUUCGCGCUCAGGGGCAUCGAGACCAUCCACAAGGUGAGCAAGCACACCAAGACCUCCUUCAUGCACAGGCGAUGCGGGGCCGUGACCAGGUCCUGCGACGAGGUCCUGGCUGCCCUCCAGCACCACGAUGAGAGCUCCGUCCGGACGCUGGAGAAACUGGUGGAGGACUACAGGGAGGACGAGCGCUUCCUCCCCCUCAACGAGCGGCUCCGGCGCUACCGGGACUCCGACGUCCACGGAGUCCUCGCCCUGCGCACCAGCAACUCGCUGGAGACAGCGCUUGUCAAGCUGCCAGCCAGGAGCUGCGUCGUCUUCCUCAGCCUCGUCUACCUCGUCUUCGGCGUCAAGCAGCUGGGGCUGCUGGGAACAGAUCAGCUCUGGCUUCCGCACACGAACAGCAGCACGCCUGUCUCCCCUCGAGUCGUGCGCAUCUCGACGGUGGCAGAUCCCAUCAUCAGCUUCACCUGGAGCUUCCUCUUCCUCUCUGGUAUCGUCCUCUCCCUCUUCAGCACCCCCCUGCAAGGCAAGCGCCUCCUGCUCGCCACAGGGCACCUGGUGAUCGCCGGCAACGUCAUGUGCGUUGUGGCCGACGCGCUACAGUGCUCGAGAGAGGGGACGGGGAUCGGAUCGGUGUGCAACUCCAACAUGAAGGUGGUGGCGAUCGUGCUGCUGAUGCUCAUCAUGUACCUUGCUCACUUCGUCCAGCACUACUUCUGGCUCUCCGCCUUCUUCAUGCAGGGCGCCUACUGCCUCCUCGUCUCGGCUUCCGUCUCGCACGUUGCUGAGCUCUCGAUCUUCCUCCUCCUCGGGCUCGGCUGCUGGGCCGUCGGCCUGCUCAUCGUCGUCAAGUACCACCUUGCGUACCGGAAGACGUUCAGAGAGCUCAAGGUCGCCAUGCUCGGCUUCGAGGAGACGUGGAGGGGAGUGAUGAGGGAGAAGGCGCGGGCGGUGGAGGAGAUCAGCGUGCUCGCGCGAGCGAUCGCGGAGGAGCUGGAGGAGAAGGUCAGGGAGGACACGAAGACGUGGGGGAGGCUGCUGUGCGUGACGCUGGGGCUGAAGGAGAGGAGGUACUCGAGGAGGAACGGGAAGAUCCGGCAGGCGAGCCGAGACUUCGAGCAGCUCUUCCUCCAGGCGCAGGAGGUCAGCGCCGCCUUCCAGCUGUGGGUGUCCGGGUGGAACCGGGUGGGGCGGGUGGAGCAUGGCGCGACCCCUCGUGCCUGA